AUGUCAGCCGAGUGGCCCGAGUCUGGGCCAGAAGGGCUGCAGGGCGGCCAGUCCCCGGGGCCAGGCCAGAGUCAGGGACCCUCAGCGGCGGGUCGGGGUCCCCUGGGGGCCCCCUGGAGCGUGCCCCCCUGGAGAGCGCACACAGCCGCUGCUGUCCUCUGCUACGUCAACCUGUUGAAUUACAUGAACUGGUUCAUCAUCGCAGGAGUUCUGCUGGACGUGCAGGAGACUUUUCAGAUUGGUGACAGCCACGCCGGCUUACUUCAGACGGUCUUCAUCGGCUGCCUGCUGCUGUCUGCACCUGUGUUUGGCUACCUGGGUGACCGGCACAGCCGCAAGGCCACACUCGUCUUCGGGCUCCUGCUGUGGUCAGGGGCUGGUCUCGCCGGCUCCUUCAUCCCCAGUCAGUACUCCUGGCUCUUCUUCCUGUCCCGGGGGGCUGUGGGUACCGGCGCGGCCAGCUACUCCACCAUCGCGCCCACUGUGCUGGGCGACCUCUUCGUGGGGGACCAGCGGACCCGCGUGCUGGCUGUCUUCUACAUCUUCAUCCCUGUUGGAAGCGGGCUGGGCUACGUGCUGGGGUCGGCUGUGGCGGAGCUGACUGGGAACUGGCAUUGGGCCCUCCGGAUCCUGCCGUGCCUGGAGACCGUGGCUUUGAUCCUGCUUAUCCUGCUGGUUCCAGACCCACCCCGAGGAGCUGCCGAGAAGCAAGGGGUUAUGGCCACAAAGUACCCAAGGAGCAGCUGGUGUGAGGAUGUCAGAUACCUGGGGCGAAACUGGAGCUUCGUGUGGUCGACCCUCGGGGUGACAGCCAUGGCCUUUGUGACGGGUGCCCUUGGCUUCUGGAUGCCCAAGUUCCUGUUCGAAGCCCGCGUGGUCCACGAGCUGCAGCUUCCCUGCUACCGGGAGCCGUGCGGCAGCCAGGACAGCCUGAUUUUCGGGGCAUUGACCAUUGUGACUGGCAUCGUUGGGGUCAUCCUGGGGGCAGAGGCAUCAAGGAGGUACAAGAAGAUCAACCUCAGGGCUGAGCCCCUCAUCUGCGCCUUCAGCCUGCUUAUGGCAGCCCCCUGUCUCUACCUGGCUCUUGUCCUGGCCUCGGUCUCCCUGGUGGCCUCUUACGUGUUCCUGGCCCUUGGAGAGCUGCUUCUCUCUUGUAACUGGGCAGUGGUUACCGACAUCUUGCUGUCCGUGGUGGCGCCCAGAUGCCGGGGGACAGCAGAGGCAUUACAGAUCACAGUGGGCCACAUGCUGGGGGACGCUGGCAGCCCCUACCUCACUGGACUCAUCUCUAGUGUCCUGCGUGCCCGGCGCCCCGACUCCUACCUGCAGCGCUUCCUCAGCCUGCAACAGAGCUUCCUGUGUUGUGCCUUUGUCAUCGUCCUGGGCGGCGGCUGCUUCUUGCUAGCCUCACUGCACCUACAGGAAGACCAGGCUCAGGCCCAGCAGCUUGGCCCAGGGACCCUGGAUGACAAAAACACAGAGCGCCAAAACCUGCUUCCUAGUGCUGGUGACCCCACAGAAGUGUACUGA